CAGCUAUAGCGAGAGGCUUUGGCAUGCGUAUAGAGAGCUAGCUACUAGCACAAAGACAGGCACGUCCGUCCCCAGCCAGCAGGAGAUCGAGGACCACCCAUGUCCUAAAUAAGCCAACCUCGACCUAUACCCUAUGGCCAAUCCAAAGGGCGGGCAGUCGGGCACGCAGAGGAAAGGAGAAGGACGAGCUAGCUAGGGAGAGCGAUGGGUACGUACGUACGUAUGGUAGGUGUAGACGAUGGAGUCAUGCUUGCACGCGGCCCAUCUCUCAUUUCCCCCACCAGGCCACCACUAAUUGUGUAUGCCCACUGAUAGCUACUGAUCGAUGCAAAAAGAACCGAAAUUUUCCUCUUGGAUCUCUCUCUAGCUAGCUGCGAAUGCUGCUUUGUUGUAGUGUACUAGCUAGUCCCGUGUUAAUUUUGACAAGAAAUCAUAUAUCGAUGAGCCCUAGCCUAGCCUAGCAAGUCGUAGCAGGGAGCCUGCAGCGGCAACUGCGACUGCCAACUGCAUCUGCGUUUGUACUUGGUGGUGAGAGAGGUUGUAGCGAGCGAUCGAGAGAGAGGUUUAAGCUGAGGAGUAGUACCAGUGUAGUACUCCCGAUCCAUCGGUCUCCGACCUUAUAAACUUGCAUGGUCCCCUCCCAUCCCGGCUACAACUAGCUCCGACCUUACAUCGCCCAUCCAUCCCCUUAAAACCGCACCAACUCGUAGCAAAAUUCUCUCAUCCAGCUAGCUACCACGCCAAGAAACACAGAGACAAACAAACACUCAUAGCGGCAAAGCUAAUUUCUUCAAUCGAUCGAUCCAGGUAGCUAAUAAGGAUCGACCGAAUUGAAGCUGCAGGGCCGGCCAUGGCGACGCCGCUGGAGCAAGUGCGCAGCGUCGACUCCUUCUCGCAGCUGCCGUUCAUCCGGCAGGCCGUGGCAGCGGCGCCGGCGCGGGACACCACCAUCCGGCUCUUCGGCCACGAGUUCUCCAACAACAACGCCGACGAGCGGCAUCAGCAGCACAAGGAGUCCUCGGCGCCCGGCACCGGCUCCCCGGAGUACGCGGCCAACAACAACAACGGGAGCACGGUGACCUCGGACGGCGGCAGCGGCGGCAAAGAGCGCAAGUUCGAGUGCCACUACUGCUGCCGCAACUUCCCGACGUCGCAGGCGCUGGGGGGCCACCAGAACGCGCACAAGCGGGAGCGGCAGCACGCCAAGCGGGCCCACCUGCAGGCCUCCCUCGCCGCCAUGCACCACCACCACCACCGCUACGCCGCCGUCCCGGCCCACCACAUGUACGGCGCCCUCCUCGGCUACCCUCCGCCGCCGCCGGCCCACUACUCGAUGUGGACCACGACGACGGCCGCUGCCGGCCCCCCCGGGUCGGCCUACGGGCUCGGGCCGGGCUCCAUGGCCCAGCCCAUCGAUGGCAGCCCCGUGCAGGGCCUUUGGGGGCCCCGGCCCGUACAGAGCUUCGCCGGCCCGCACGGCCCUGCUGACAUGGUGCCGGUGAUGCGGCCGGCAGCGGCGGGGGCUCAGGUGGUGGUGGACUUCAAGGACGACGAGAAGAAGGCGGUGAUGAGCUUGCUGUCGUCAUCGUCUUCGCCGCCGUCCUUGUCGUCGUGCUCGUCCACGUCGGCGCCGGAGAAGAUAGCGGCAGGCAGGUGCGAAUUGGGGCAGCAGCGUCAGGAGGCUGUUAUUAGCUUGGACCUCCAUUUGUAACUCUUGUUCAUUUUUGUUGUUAGGUUCCUUCCUUCCUGUCAGUUAGCAGUCUCUGUACUUUCGUUCGCAAGUGCAUGUUUGGCUUAAAUUAGCUCUACUUUUUUGCCGUCUUAAUUCAAAUCCAUGUAGCUAGCUUCAAUUCUUCGGUUCUUCCCCA